GAUCAGUGAGCUCACAAAUUCCCUUACCAGAACAGUGCUAGAAAAAUUACCCAAAAGGAGAAAGGUGGGGGUUGGUCUUUCCUCCCAAGUGAUAAAACAAGAGGAAUCAGCCUCAAGCUGCACUGGAGGAUGUUUAGACUGGAUAUUAGGAAAAAUUUCUUCAUGGAAAAGUUUGUCAGACAUUGGCACAGAUUGCCCUGGGAAGUGGUGGAGUCACCUGGAGGGAUUUAAAGACAUGCAGAUGUGGCACCUGGGAACAAAGUUUAGUGGCUGACCUGGCAGUGCUGGGGAAAUGGUUGAACUCGAUGCUGUUAGAGGCCUUUUCCACCCUCAGUGACUCCCUGGCUCUGAACUGCAGGGCAGGAUGGCUCUGCCACCCAACUCACAGGAGAAACUGCUGCUCACAUCAGCCCUGUCUCAGGACAGCUGGACACAACAUCUGCCUGUGUCCCAAACUGCUGCUCCCCACCCCACUGCUCCUCUCUGCCCACUCCUCUGUCUGCCAUAGGUUAAAUGUACAUGGGAUAUGACAAAAUUCUCCACAAAACAUGAGUAAAGAUCAGCACUGAUCGGCACAGUUUCCAUAUUUAGAACUUCCUCAAGUCCUAGAGCCACUCCUCCACCUCCUUCAGAAGAAAGAUCUCUGUCAUGUAACUCCAUCGGCUCUCUUGCUCAGAAAAUGCUUUUUCUCACAAUCCUGCUGUUUUCGUACCCUCAAAUGUCUCAGCAGAUACAGAAAACUGCUGCAAAUGCCAAAGAGAUGCUGUCCAAUCCCAAGCUUGUACUGGUUCAGGGGACUUUCAACGUGGUGUUGAAGCAGAAUGUGACCCUCUCCUGCCUCUUUCAGGCUGGAUCUCCACCUUUCAGAUACACACUGUUCAAGCACAACCAGCAGGUAUCUGCUGUGAACAGGUCAGACUUGACCCCUGCACUGUUCACCCUGACCAUCAGCUCUGCCAGCGAUGUGGGGGAAUACAAGUGCAAAGCUGAGUGUAACAACUCCAGUGGUGGAAAAUACAGCAACAGCCUCAACUUCACCCUCAUAGAGCCAAUUUCCAAACCAGUGCUGAGCUCACCCACCUCUCAUGCAAAGAAAGGCCAGAACGUGACCCUGUCCUGCUUCUCGGAGAACGGAUCCCUUCCCAUCACAUACCUAUUCUUCAAAGGAAAACAAAACAUUUCUCCCCAAAAGACGAUGCAGAAGAGGGAAGCAGCUGUGAUUUUUCUAUUUAUGGACUCCCUUAGUGACUUUGGAACAUAUAAAUGCAAAGCUAGUAACAGUUUUCCCAAUAAUACAAAAUACAGCAACAGUUUCAACUUUACAUUAGCAGAAGAGAGAAGCCAUUCUCAACCCCUGCUAAUUUCUCUUGGGCUGAUCCUGCUACUACUCAUAAUAGGAUUUGCUCUGGCAAUUCCAUUUUUCAUAAUUCCUUUGUAUAAAGCAAAAAAAUUUAAGUCUACCAGGCCCUCAAUUGGCCUUACUUCAACAGUGAAUGCAGAGGAGUCUGAAAAUGAAGUUAUAUACUCAGAGAUUGAGCCUGUUAAACCAGAAGAAGAAUACAUCAAUUUUUCUGUUAUUAGGAGAGAAGAAGAAAAAGCAGGGAAGAGGGCAUGUUCUACAGUCUAUUCAAAGGUCCUCACCAGAGACUGAGUACCAGGUAACCUGGAAGACCCAGAUUUGACAGAAAACAGAUGCACCACCAAGUUUUAGCAGAACUGUUUGCAGAGAAACCACAGAGUCCAACAA